AUGGCUCGUUGGCGUAGCUCUUUGGCGUUGCUGAGCAGCCUGGAGUCACAACCUCUGCCCCACAGAUCAGUGAAACUACCUGACUUCCUAGCUCCUGCCCUUGUCCAAUCUUCAACCCCCACAUUCCGCCGUCACAAUGCCUCCAUCGCGCAGGCCGAUUUCGAGGAACCAGCAUUCGACUCUUCAGCUCGAUCGGCUGGCUCAUCCUCAAGCGCAGCCUCUAAAAGGACCGGUAAAACCAAACCACGCCGUCCUCUAACUCAGCACACUAAAGUCGGCUUUAGCUCCUACUUUGAUCCAGAUCUCCCAGAUAGAUCUCCACCCACCAACUGUUCAGCGGUCUCAAAUUCGUUCUUUAUCGAUGUCGAGUCAGCCUACAUCGAAGCUCGACUCAGUGCAGCAAACGAUGAGGCCCAGAUCGUCGCAGUGGCAAAACAGCUCCUUUACAGUCCAGCCUUGAAAGCUGAGCGAUGGUGGGUCAACGGUCCGGCCUCUCGCCACGAACAGAAUGCAUCUGAUCCACCGCUAGUCCUUCACGAGCACUAUCUCGUAUCUCUUUUGAAGUCGGCCUUUGCAGUGACUCGGCGGAGCGGAAAGAACGAUGUAGCCGCCAUGGAUGCUCUGACUGCUGGGAGGCUUCGUAGGAUAUCAGUUCUUGUGCCCUGUGACGCCCUCCGGACCCGCUUUCUCGCCAAACUCACUUUGAAGGCCAGCUCAAAGGCUGCCACUGGCGUAUUGGAAGAAAUCUUACGCAUCCUGGAACGAAAGAUGAUAGCUAGCUUGCCUCGUUCCAUUUCCCGCGCCGAGACGAUCGCCUCACUGUCGCAGUUGAUACUGCUUCUCAUGCAGGCCUUUUCCCAUGCAGGCAAACUAGACCGCGUCCGAGCCUGCUUCGACGUCCUUCAUGAACACUCUUUGCCUCCGACCGUCUUUCACUACCAGCUCCAGCUCAUCGCCCUUCUCCGCGAGCGAGUCUCACAGCCGCGAAGCAGAGAUUUAGCGAACUUCGGAACACAAUCACGGCAGAUUCAGGCUGACAUUUUGCAGAUCAAAGCAUCCAUGGACGCCAACGGCAUCCCGAUCGACGAAAGUUUCCUCGCUACCAUAUUGUCCGGCUUGAGUGCUCCCCUGCGUAGCCCGCGAUCAACACACACCUCGGCGCAACAUGCUCUUGAAGCGCUUCAGCUCGUUCGCACCGUCUUCAAGCAACUCACCGGUUUGGGAGAAGGCAAGUCGUUCCAUGAGCUGCCUCGGGUUGCAUCGGCAUUGAUCAAAGCCGAAAUAGACGCUCUCAGACCCACACAAAGGACCGGGUCUGCCGAGUUUACUACAUCGCUUAACCGGAUCCACACCCUGAUUGCGCAGCUUUACCCUGGCUCCAUGAAGAGAACCAAGUGCCGAAGCGAGGCCCAGCUCGCAGCUCUGACUCUUCGCCUGCGCCUCUUGUCCACUGUCGGCGAUUUCCCUGCCGCCCUCGCCCAACUCAAGCGCAUACUCCGUCUCCAACCCAACCCACACCCUCAGGCAGACAUGCUUAACAACGAGCUGAUCCUCAAGCAAAGAAGUAGCGUCAUCCAUAUCUUCUCUACCGCUCUACAACAACGUGCUACCAUCGAGGGCCAAGAUUCAGCUUACGAAGUGCUCAAGCUCGCCUUCUCCAGCGAGUGGUUCGAUAAGUUGUGGAGCGGGGUGAUUAUACCCUCUAACCCAGAGGCAGGGUAUGACAAGAAAGCGUUCGAUGGUGAGCCAACAGUGUUGAGGCUGUGGAGAAGAUGGAUUCGAGCAUGGGACAGUGAUGUUUUGGCUCAGGGUAGCUGGCAGGCGGUUAAAGAAGAAGAGGAGGAGGAGGAAAAGAAGAUGGAGAGGUACGAGACGUUUGUUGGCAGAUACCGGUGGCAGACUCUCAAGCGAGGUUUGAUUUUGCUCAACGACACAUUGGAUCAACUCGAAGCACGACCAGUUCUCUCUUCCAUCAGCCCUGCUGCUGCUGGAGACGAGGAAGCGUCGCCAAGUCAAGCCAAAUUUGGCUUACUAUUCAGCGACCCAGCACUACUCGACAUCAUCGUCAAAAUCAUUCUGCGCGGAGGCCGACUACCAGGCGACGAAACCAUGUCAACCCACGUCGAUCGGCGACUUUCCCUCAUGAUCCGCACGCUAACUCGCACUCGCGUAUCAGCUCGAAUUUGGAAGCUCGUCGAAUCAUCCAUGCUUCGUCAUCUCGCUCUUAUCGACCGAACCAUUCUCCCUACAGAAUCUGUUCGACGAGCUAUGGACGAGAUCGAUUUCCACAAGCGUCGAGCUCUAUUGAGGAACAAACCGCUGAUGGAAGCUGUGCGUGAUGCUCAACAGCAGCAAACAGGAGCCAGUGACGAUGAAGAGGAGGAAUACGCCUUGGAAACAGGUUCAGUUUUCGUUCUUAGACAAAUACUCAACCAACGAGCAGCACAGAAAAAAGCAUCUGCUGCUGCUGCUGCUGCUGCUGCUGCUGCUGUUCCUGCUGCUACUGAAUACAGACCUUUAUUCACAUGA